CCGCUGCCAUCAUGGGUCGCAUGCAGGCUCCCGGGAAGGACCUGUCGCAGUCAGCUCUGCCGUACCGCCGCAGCGUCCCCACCUGGCUGAAGCUGACGUCUGACGACGUGAUGGAGCAGAUUUACAAGCUGGCCAAGAAAGGCCUGACUCCAUCCCAGAUCGGUGUGAUCCUGAGGGACUCCCAUGGUGUUGCACAAGUCUGUUUUGUGACUGGUAAUAUAAUUUUGAGAAUCCUUAAAUCCAAAGGACUGGCUCCUGAUCUUCCUGAGGAUCUCUACCAUUUCAUUAAGAAAGCAGCUGCUGCCGAGCCAGUUGCUGUUCCCAAGCAUCUUGAGAGGAACAGAAAGGCUAAGGGUGCUAAAUUCCACUAGAUUCAUAGCAGAAUUCACUGGCUGGCUGGUUAUUACAAGACUAAGCAGGUCCUCCCACUCAAUUGGAAAUAUGAGUCAUCCACAGCCUCUGCUCUAGUGGUAUAA